AUGGCACCUGUCAUUCUCCAUCUAAGAGCAGAAACUAAAGACCAAGAGGCCCGUGCGGCUUUGACUCCCACCACUGUGCAAAAACUCCUGGCGCAAGGGUUCAAAAUCUAUGUGGAAGAAAGCGAACAAUCGACUUUCGACAUCGAAGAAUAUAAAAAAGUUGGUGCUGAAAUCGUGCCCAAGGGCUCGUGGGUUAACGCUCCUAAAAACCGUAUAAUUAUCGGUUUGAAAGAACUCCCCGAAAACGACACUUUCCCACUCGUUCACGAGCACAUCCAAUUUGCUCAUUGCUACAAGAACCAGGCCGGCUGGAAAGAAGUCUUGGGCCGCUUUAAGAAAGGGAAAGGAACUUUGUACGACCUUGAGUUCUUGGAAAAUGACCAGGGCAGAAGAGUGGCCGCUUUUGGCUUUUACGCCGGUUUCGCAGGUGCAGCUUUGGGUUUGAAAGACUGGGCUUUCAAACAAGCUCACGCCGACUCUGAGGAUUUGCCUGGCGUUACACCAUUCCCAAACGAGCACGAACUUGUCAAAGACGUUACUGCAGACUUGAAAAAAGCUUUCAAGAAGGGUGCUAAAAAGCCAACCGUGCUGAUCAUUGGCGCUUUGGGAAGAUGUGGUUCCGGUGCUGUUGACAUGCUUCAAAAAGCAGGCAUUCCUUCCCAAAAUAUUAUCAAAUGGGAUAUGAAGGAGACUGCCCGCGGAGGCCCAUUCCAAGAAAUCGCGGAGGCCGACAUUUUCAUCAACUGCAUUUACCUAUCAAAGCCUAUCGCUCCCUUUAUCAACUCGGAGCUACUGAAUAGCAGCAGUAGAAGGCUAAGGACCAUUGUCGAUGUGUCUGCUGAUACCACCAACGUUCACAACCCGGUUCCCGUGUACACUAUUGCCACCGUUUUCAGCAAACCUACGGUACUAGUACCAACCUCCGCCGGCCCCAAGCUAUCUGUGGUCUCUAUCGAUCACUUGCCAUCCCUACUGCCUAGAGAGUCUUCCGAAUUCUUUGCUCGUGACCUUUUGCCUUCUCUAGAGCAGCUGCCUAACAGAGACCAGGCACCUGUGUGGGCUAGAGCCAAGGCUCUUUACAUCAAACACUGCGCUCGUCUUGACAGAGAAUCUAAGUUUUAA